GUCUCAAAGGUAGGACAUCUUGACUGGCGGAGGCAGUAUCCACCACGACGCCGAAAGGGAAACACUUACUCGCUACUCCACUGGUGCCUUUUUUUCCUUAUUUUUACUGCGUAGUGGCCAAGUGGGCUGCUGUCAUCACUUAUUCUGACAGAAGGAGUGGUGCUCUCGUCUUGGCUCAUCCCCCCCCCCCCGCUCCCCCACACCCCCACUAAUCAUGGGCUCCACCAACAAGAUGUUUUACCUCGGCGAGGGACCCGAGAACGGCUCAGCAUCACCGGAACAAGGAGUUCCGACCGCCCCCUUCGCCGAACCCCCGCCCAGCUAUGCUCAGUCACAAGCCGGCUAUUCGUCAUCACAAGCCGCCCCGAAAUAUCCAGAGGCACUCCCCGGUCACGUACAGCCACUCACACCACCUCAAGCACCUCUUCAGACGGUAUCGGGACAAAUACAAGCGCCAAGUGGUCACAGCAUCUACAGACCGACGGCACCCACGCCCUCUACCUCGGGAUUGGCAGGUGCGAAUUACCCCCGCCAGCCUCCUGUCCCAUCAUUGGUUGGCAGUGCAAGCUAUCCUGGUCAGUUUACUAGCCUACAGUUCCACACGCUCUCACAACAGAACGGCACCCCUGGUUCCUCUGGGCCUCCUCCCCCUCCUCCCGGACUGCCUGUAUCCACCGACACGAAGAAGAAAUCGACAUGUAUGAAGGUGUCUGGGGGCUUAGGUAUUGCCAUCUUGGUGAUCUGGAUAAUAUUCCGAUUUUGCAUUCGCGUUGCAGUCGAGGCGAGUACGUAAUUGGGUGGUUAGUGUUGUUGAUACGGUUAGUGUUGAGUCAAAGAAAAGGAGUGUUGGAACGCCAAGAUGGUGCAUUUGGUAACAGUUGUUGUGACUCACUGUUAUGCUAUAGGCCUUUGUGGGUGUGCGAGUUGUACUUGGGGAAAGCAAGCAUCUGAAAAGUGGCAGUGUAUGGAGUGUACUUAGAAGUUAGCAACUGUGAUUUGCCAGUACUUCAACAACUUGCUAGUAUUUGAGAAAGCCAGUAAUUAAACAAAAAAUGGUUAUAAGACACUAUCGAGAAAGCCAGUAAUUGGGAAAAAAAAAUGUCAUUAGAUGUUGAGGAAGCCAGUAUUUGAAUAAAAAAAAUAUACUGAUACCUUUAUAUAUAAAUGUUAACUAACAUUACUGUUGAAAUGUGUGUUUCUGCGUGCGUGUGUUUGCAAUUAAAGUUCUGAUGUUGAUUGCUGUAAUAAUAACACGAUAAGGUUCCUAAUGUUUUUUAGCUUUUAAUGUUAUGCUAAAACUGCAUGUGACUCAACCUGAAAAGUUAUCUCUUGAUUUUAUAAUUUAUUGUAAAUAUUUGUAGGAUUCUAUUUUUAAUUCUAUGUAUUUUUUGUAUAAAUGAUGGUUCUUUAA